GCCCUUGGGUCGAUUAAUUCGACGCGCAUUUUCUCUCUCAGAAAUAUUCGCAGGCACACAGCCUCUCCGAUUUUUCCCGAGAACCAAACAGAAUUUUCUCUGGAGCGAGAGAAAGAAAAGAAUCGGGAGAGAAAGGGAGGUUGAGAAAAACGAGCCAUUACCACCACGUAAGAGUUCUGUAGUCGCCAGAGAUCAAACUCUUGUUUCCUUUUGUUUUCUUACUAUUUUCCUGCGAAAUCGAAGGGGGGCCGAGAGAGAAAGAGAAGGCGAUCCGAUCGUUCUCUCUCUAUAAAAAGCAAAAAUCAAACACAUAUGGGAACGCUUCAAACAUGGAGGAAGGCCUAUGGCGCUAUCAAAGACUCCACCAAAGUCGGCCUCGCUCAUGUCAAUAGCGAUUACGCGGAACUGGAUGUUGCAAUUGUUAAAUCGACGAAUCAUGUCGAGUGUCCACCCAAAGAAAGACAUGUCAGGAAAAUCUUGUUUGCUACUCAAGCCAUUCGUCCCAGAGCUGAUGUUGCUUACUGCAUCCACGCUCUUUCCCGACGGUUGGCCAAGACCCACAACUGGACGGUGGCACUGAAGACACUGAUUGUUAUCCAUAGAUUGCUAAGGGAAGGUGACCCUACUCUUAGAGAAGAAUUGCUGAACUACUCCCAAAGAGGGCGCAUUCUCCAGCUUUCAAACUUCAAGGAUGAUUCUAGUCCUAUUGCGUGGGAUUGUUCUGCUUGGGUACGUACAUAUGCAUUGUUUUUGGAGGAGCGUCUUGAAUGCUUUAGAGUCUUGAAGUAUGACAUUGAAGCUGAGCGUCUCCCGAAACCUGCUCAGGCCCAGGAUAAGGGUUACAGCAGAACCAGGGACUUGGAUAGUGAAGAGCUACUAGAGCAACUUCCUGCACUACAGCAGUUGUUGUACCGGCUUGUUGGUUGUCGGCCAGAAGGUGCAGCUGUUGGAAAUUAUGCUAUUCAGUAUGCUCUUGCUCUGGUGUUGAAAGAGAGCUUCAAAAUAUAUUGUGCUAUCAAUGAUGGAAUUAUCAAUCUUGUGGAUAAGUUUUUUGAAAUGCCAAGGCAUGAAGCCAUCAAAGCUCUUGAUGUGUACAAAAGAGCUGGCCAGCAGGCUGCUAGCCUUUCUGAUUUCUAUGAAGUGUGCAAAGGAUUGGAACUUGCUAGGAACUUUCAGUUCCCUGUCUUAAGAGAGCCUCCACAAUCUUUUCUUACAACCAUGGAAGAGUACAUACGGGAGGCACCCCGUGUUGUGUCUGUUACUAGUGAACCAUUGCUCCAGUUGACAUACCGACCAGAUGAUGGUCCUUCCGAGGAUGCCAAAUCGAGUGAUGAACCGGAGCAACUUCCUGCUGAUGUUGUUGAUGUUUCACACGUCGAAGUUUCUUCUCAAGCUCCUACUCCUGUUGCCCCUCCUCCUCAGAACGGCAUGGUUACUGGAGAUCUACUGGGAUUAAGUAAUGCAUCCCCAGAUGCAUCUGCAAUAGAGGAAAGUAACGCAUUGGCUUUAGCCAUUGUCUCGUCUGAAACAGAUGCUACUGCACCAACUUUCAAUUCUGGUGCUGGUCAAGCAAAGGAAUUUGAUCCCACUGGAUGGGAACUUGCCCUGGUCACUGCCCCAAGCAAUAACAUCUCAUCCGCUAAUGAGAGGCAGUUGGGUGGUGGAUUAGACACACUGACCCUCAACAGCCUAUAUGAUGAUGGUGUUUAUAGAGCAGCGCAGAAGCCGGUUUAUGGAGUACCAGCACCAAACCCUUUUGAGGUGCAUGACCCGUUUGCUCUGUCAACUAGCAUAGCUCCACCAGCAGCAGCAGCACAAAUGGGUCAGCAACAACAGCCAGUCGUCAACCCCUUUGGUCCAUACCAAACGUCCCCUUUUAUGCAGCAGCAGGCAUUGCAACCUCAUCCCCAUAAUCCUUUUGGCGACACAGGCUUUGGCAACGCUGGCUUUACGGCUAUGCCCCUUGAUCAUCAUCCUCAUUCUCAGCCUCAUCAGGCUAACAAUCCAUUUGGAAGUACAGGCCUUUUGUAAUGUUUGGUGUUUACCAAACGCCGCAGGAGAUGAGAAGGAUGUAAGUUUGGUGGUGGCAUGGCAGCUGCUUUUUCUGGUUUUUUGUUUGCGCUAUAGGAAGAAGCAUGGAAAUGAGAUGAAAGAAGUAUUUAGGGUUGGGAUUUCCAACUCACGAGAGAGAGAUCGAUGAUGUUGUUCGUUUGACACUGAUUGUGUAUGGAAUUUCGUUCCGCUUGUUUUUUCCUCUGUAUAAGGUUUGAGUCUGUAAUUUGAUGUUCAUUUGUAGUUAUAUAUAGUUUUUCUCUUUCACUUGUGAUUUGCUUGUAUAAUAAUAAAUAAAACUUUGUAAUCUCUGUUCCAGCCACCAAGAGGAUUGUUAAAAAGCUCGUCUUUUUUCCUUGUGAGAAACAUUCGCUUAAAGUUACCAGAUCCAAGCUAGGUGCUUCGAAUUAGAUAGAGUUACAGAUUUGGUACCCUUAUU